AUGGGUGCCCUCGCAGAACACCGCCAAGCCGUAUUGCGAGAUAUCUCAUUGGCGGCCGCCGCCGGGACGGGAAGGGCGCCGAUCGUGGUAGCCCUUGAACAUAUGACGGUCGUUUCUGAGGAGGUUGAUGAUGAUGAUGAUGAUGAUGAUGAGUCCAAGGAGGUUAUGGAUAUACUUUUGAGGGAGUCUAUGGCGGUCGAUGUGGGCAGACCCAUCCCUGCCACUCGAUCUGCAAUCGAGCGAUUGGAGAAGGUAACCUUUGAAGAUGGGUUGGGGUGGAUCGGAGAGUGCAUAAUUUGCACGGAGGAAUUUGAGGGUGGGCUGGAGCUCACUCGGCUGCCGUGCUCCCAUGUCUAUCACGGAGGUUGCAUUGUCAAGUGGCUGAAGAUGAGUCGCCUCUGUCCCCUCUGCCGCUACCCAUUGCCCCCUGUCCAUUGA